AGGCAGGCUCGCUCGUUCAGGGGCAUUCCACGGACGGCCAUUGAAGUAUCUGACUUGACUUGAAAAUUUGGUUUCUCUGUUAGGACAGGAAGAGAUUUUUAACAUGAAGGUCUUUUCAACCUCUCUCUGGUGUGGACUCCUGACUUUGUUGUCUGUAAUGAACCUUUUCAAAUCUGUGCGUGGACGGCCACAUCUGAGCUCAGGACAUGAGUUGUUUCCAGCUAAAGAACAUGCAGCUCAAGAGAAGUUGACCCGAAAUCCUGGUUUACAGAGGCCCUUCCACGCUGGUGGAGAUCUUCCCAGCAAACUGGAAGAACUUAGACAGGUAAAGAAGUUGAGAGACUGGAUUAUGGAAGCAAAGAACACUGGGCUGUCCAAUGCUUUAGACAAUUUAUCUUCUUCUCACACUAAAAAACGAGCUUGUUUUUGGAAGUACUGUGUCUGAGAUAUUUCUGAAUAGACAGAAGAGAAGAAAACUAGAAAAAUUACAUAUAUAUGUAAUGCAUAUAUACAUAAUAUGCAUAUUAAAGUUUACUUCUGUUUCAAGCUCUAAGAAACUGGCCCUUGUUCUGCACAUCAUUUUUCUCACUUUGUGAACCUGCUCCUCCCUGGGUUACGGCUUACUUAAUGCUCAUUCAGUGAACAAUUGCACUGGCUGCACUCUGGAAUGGAACUGUCAUCAAAAUGGCUUUAGUGAUAAAACUUGGGGGAUUGAGCUGUUGUAUGCUUUCAUGAAGUCCAUUGUCCUCUCUCAAUGUUUUGUUUUUGGCUGUCAAUAAAAAAUAUUUUAAAAGGCAUCUUAGAAAGUUAAAAUAAAUUGCAUUGUUUCAACUCA